AUGACAUCAAAGAGAGUGUGUUUCAUAGUACUUGUCUUUAUAUGCAUUACUACCACAAAAGGUGCUAUCAGUCCUUGGACUGAAGACAAGACUCUUUCUCCAAGACUUAGAGUCAAAAGAGCAAUUGAUUUUGCUUUUCAAGAACAAUCAAAUUUAGAAGCAAUUAUAAAAGAAGACUUAACAAGACCCUUUGUGAGAGGAAACACUUUCACGACGGCUUUAUCAUUAUAUCCAAAUUUGGAAAUGGUUGUUGUGACUUCCACUCUUCCGUAUAAAACUAAAUAUGCGGAUGAUAAAAAUGCACCAACACUUGUACUCACUUUUAAAGACAAAAGUGGUGUUAAUACAACAAAGGAAUACAAGUACACAACAUUAAGUGCACAACCUGGAAAAAGAUUAAUUGAAAUUGACUGGACCACUGCAUUCUUCCCUUUGACUAGUUACACAAAAACACUUUCUUUUUUGAAAGAACCAGAUGUUGACACUACAAAGGCUUUUGUUGCAUUUAUAUCGUAUCCCGUGUCUAAUGUAGCACUUUCUAAUCCGACAUUUGGGAAGAAGUUGUUUUCCAUUCAAAUGAAAGGUGGAGAAAACAAAGAUAGUUAUGACUACCCAGUGGUCGGUAAUAUAUUCAUAGACCAUGACUUCGAAGUAUGCAGAGCGUUCUUUAACACUGGAUUUAGUCAAGACUAUAAAGAGGCAAUGAAAGAUUGGGAUAAAGUUUUGGAAUCAACUUUAUGGAGUGAAGGUCGCCAUGUCUCAUUAUUUAUGACACUUUCUAUUCAAGGAUUCUUCUGUUUUCCAAUGGUCGAUUACAUCUUCUUUGGUGAAACCUCGAAGAUCUCAACACAGUGGAAAUACUGUAACAAGUAUCUUGAAGACACUGAUAACUUUAAUAGUGAUCCUUGUUGUAACAGACUUGCUCCAGGCAAAUGCAACACAUACAAAGAACGGAUGUCCACCAAUAUAGGUAAAGACAACGUCUGUAUGUUCGACUUUUUGAAUUACAAAGAUUUGAAUUUGACCAACAGACAGAAAGUAGAGUUAAACAUAAGAUCAUUUGAGAUGGAAGAAGUUACACAGUACUUCCAUGAUACUCACUUCUCUUCACUUCCUUCAAUCCUUUGGAAUUUUGAAGACAUGAAUCAAAAGAAAAGAUCACGAUGUCGAAACAUAUUCAACGACCAAAGUGUGUAUAUAGCAAAGUUCUCUGAAUGUCCAAUUGAUAUUCAUUUAAUUGAUGGAUUUCCUGCAGAUAGCUCUGGGUGUUAUACACCAACGGAUAAUCAAGCUGAAAUGUUCAUUAAUAUGUGUGUGCCAAAUAUUGGUGAAAAUGACAGAAUAGCAAGAUAUAAUACAACUACAUUACAAGUACUUGCCUCACUCUCUUUUGGUGAAGAUAAAGUUGUUGAAUCUGUGUUUGAUCCUGCGCAUCCCAACUACUGUUAUGCAUAUGAUGGAAGACAUUUCAAUUCAAAAGAUGACAAUCCCAAUUGUGAGGGAUAUGUUUGUGAUGUUAAAGUCGAUCGGUGGGUAUUCAAAACUAAAGAAGAAGCUCUUUCAAAGUGUCCCCAAUUAGCUACCAAAUGUGCCAUACAAAAUCAAGGAUGUGGUAUUGGUGAUAAUGUAAAGAGACCGGCUAAUGUAAGUGAUAUUGGUGACUCUUUCAAGCGAUUUGUGAGUGUUCUUGAUAUCACUCCAGAGGAGUGUACUGCAAUCAAAGGAAUUGAUUUGACUCAAAUGAAUUCAAAUACUGAUGAUGACUAUGAGUGUCUCAGUCAAGUAGUUGGAUGUGCAGAGAUAUUAAGUCCCGAGUUUGUUCAUUGUGAUGAAGCAAGCAUGUUGACUAAUGUUUUCAUGUUUAAUGAAAGGACUUUGCCACGUGCAGAGACGUUUAGACUAAAAAGAGCAACAGCAGACACUCCGGUGAAAAGUUCAGUGAAGACUCUUACUCCAAAUUAUGAAGAUUCUAUUAAAGUGUUUUAUGUGAAAUACAUUGCAGCUGAACUCACACAACGAGCUCCAGUUUUCUUUGAAUUUUUCAAUAGAGAAAUAUCGACCUUUAUCACCGAUUGCUUCUUUGUUGGGAAGGAUAAGUUUCAAUCGUAUAUUGGUGUUGAUUUUCCAUUGACAGUGAUGACAUUGAACAGAGACAAAUCCGAACUGUUUUCAAAGAUCGAGUUAAUACCAUCUCCAUCUCAAGACGAUUUAAAAAUGACGCAAUUUGAUCGAUGUUAUGCGUGUGGGUCAACUGCAAUAUUUGGGACUAUAGAUGGAAGUGUGAAAAUUAAAGGUAGUCAAUAUCCUUUGUUAAAUUAUUGGAACGACAAAAUCGAUGAAGCAAAAGACAAUUUAGGGUUUAGAAUGACAAUCAAAUACAAUGACUCAAUUGGUGGGCGAGAUGAAAGUUUCACGAUUGGAUAUAUCGUAGGAGACGCUGUCAAAUUUACUGAAAUAACAACAACAAACCAUUCGACUAUUUAUAUGGGAAUUAGUGAAAUAUCAACAGUCGACUUCACAGAGGCAAGUACAUAUCCUAUUAAUGACUUUUUAAGAAUAAGAAAUAUGACAGAGAAUGGGCAAUCUAAGUUUUGGAUAGAACCCCUUUAUUUGGAAUGUGUCCAAACAUCUUCUGACGAAAACAAAUUUGUGUUUGACUUUGUCAACUCGUAUGUUCUUUGUAAGGUACCAGAAAGUGUCUAUUUAACAUUUACUAAAGACGAUGGCAUAUUACCAAUUUACAGACUCCCUAAAAAUAAAAUUAAAAAAGACUACCCUAAAGAAUCAGACCAGAGUAAAAUCCUUGCCAUAGUCUUGCCAACCGUAUUUGGUUGUCUAUUCGUUCUUGUUGUCUUCUCUAUCAUCAUUUUUGCUGUUGUUAGGUAUAGAAUUAUUAAAGGAAGAAGACUUCUUAAAGAAUAUAAUGAAGAGGAUUUGACAUCACUGGGUGGACCACUGUUACAAUUCGAAUAA